CCCCUGCGCAGGCUCCUCCCGGCCAGGCUUUCACGCGCACACGCAUUGCUCGCUCCCGGCUCGUGCACGCGCAGCUCCCGUAACCACAGGGACCAGGGAGAGACGGAUGAUCCGGAUCAGACCUCAGAGAGCCGAACCUGACGAUGACGAAGAGGAUGAAGGUGAAGAUGAAGAAGUUUGCUGGUUGCUGAUUGGCUGCUGUGUAGAGGCGCGCUCAGCUGUUGGAGGACUGACAGAAGAAGAAGAAGAAGAAGGAGAAGAAGGAGAAGGAGGAGAAGAAGAAGAAGUUUGUUUUAGCUCCAGAAUCAGGAGGAUAAACUUCCUGUUGCUCUCUGACAGACUGACAGGGUGAAAUCGUAGAAGAAGAAGUCGGCGGAGUUCCUGUUCAAACUUUUUUGAUCUGAAACUCCGCGCGCGCUCCCGCCGCCGUGAGGCUGACCCGCGCAUGCGCCCUCCACAGCUGUGUGAGUGUUUUUUUUCCUCCUGUGAAUAAUGGACCGAUUGUGUCACUGGGCCCGGCUGUGACGUCACAGGUGGGCGGGUAGGAGGCGCGCGACCGAGGAUUCAGGAUCGAGAUUUGUCGGGGACGCGCUUCAGCUGUGCGCGCGUGCACACAUUAUGGGGACACACCUGAAUCCACUCUGUGAGGACGUGUCUGUUUGGGGGACAGCAGCAGUGUGUCUGUAGUGUGUGUGUGUGUGUGUGUGUGCGUGUGUGUGUGUGAGGAUGAGCGGUGGCAAAAAGAGGAGUGGUUUCCAAAUCACCAGCGUGACCUCAGACUUCAACCAAACCCCAGCCGGCCAAUCAGCUCCCACCAUGGUCCUGAGCGUCCUCCAAUCAGCAGCGACCUCCUGCAGCAGUCCUCAGGGAAGCUCCUCCCAGCCCACCACGCCCUCUCUGAAAAGGAAAUACAUUUCCCAGGAUUCCUCGGGGCAGGCAGCGGGCUGUUCUUCCAGGUUCAGAGUGGUGAGGCUGGCGGUGGGAGGAGCUGGCGGCGGUGGGCGGGGCGAGCCUUUCCGCCGCGGGCGAUGGACAUGCACGGACUUCAUAGAGCGACAGGAAGGGGCGGGCUUUAAACGAGUGAUGGACACCAUGAGACACGCCCACUCGCUGGAGUCCCUGGAGCUGAUUGGUCGGGACAUGGACAGAGCCGAGGUUCACUCUCAGGAUACUUCCCAUCUGCUGGCACAGCCAAUCAGAGGCAGGGACCGGUUUGGACUUGUACUGCGUAGCGGGCCUCCGUCCCCGACACACCAAGAGCCAAUCAACGUCCGGCUCAUGGACUCAAAGGAACCAAUAGGAGUACAGAGUUCCACCCCCCCUCCUUCGCCCCGCCCACGGAAUCCUCCUCCUCUACGAUUGGAUGUGGACGCAGCUGGGCGGGUACUAACUAGACUGUCUCACUCUCAGCCCAGCUCCCCCCCCGCUGGAGUCUACCGUCCCACCCUGACCCCCACUGACCCAGCUGUGUUCAGUCUGGACCAGACCAUGUUCAACCUGCCGGGGGACGCCAGCUCCCGUAACCACAGGACCAGGAGAGACGAUGAUCCGAUCAGACCUCAGAGAGCCGAACCUGACGAUGACGAAGAGAUGAAGGUGAAGAUGAAGAAGUUUGCUGGUUGA